GUACGGUAAUUUAGUAUAUUAACGUUCACAGCUUGUGUCCAAUACAUUAAAAUAUUGCUAACCUCUUUGCUUCGGCGAUAACGAGAACCGACGCGUUUGAACGGCCAAAAACCGUUAAACAGAAUUAAGUUGGCUACGGCGGAAACGGAAAAAAAUAUUCGAGUGCGUUAAUACAUACUUUUAAAAUGGUGGCAUUAGUGUGAAGUGGAAACUGGCGCGCGCCGAUUUCUGUUUUCUAUUGUUGACGGUGGUAACGGAAUCGAUUCCUUAGCGUCCCUCGAAUUUACCCGCCGGUUGAGCCUGCACUCGAUUGGUCGCCGACGGGUCACAUGACUAUUAAAUAUGGCGGCCGUAAACGGUUGGCGCGCGUUCGCCGCCGCCAUAGAGUGCGCACUAGAGAACCGCCAAUGUCUGUGUGUGUGUAUAUCGACUGUAUCGCCCGUACGCGUACAUUGUAUCGUGUUUGUGUGUGUUAGUGUGGUGUUUUUGGUGUGCGUCAACGUUUGUGUGCGUUUUUCUUGUACGUAUGUGUGUGUGUGUGUGUGUGUAUGUGAGAGCGCAUUGUAUCCGCGGAUUCGGAGUUUAGUGCAACUCCAGUCAGUGUAACGUUCUGCAUCUUCCCCAGUUUUCCAUUUCUACCGGUUUUUUUUUUGUUAUUUUUAUUCCAAUUUAUUCCGUUCUCCGAUACGCAUCCGUCCGUCCGGUAAACGCCAAUAGUUACUAUAUCGUGCGCACGUAGUUUUCUUAUUGAAAAGACAGCGGAAAAAUGGUAUGUUGCAAUAACGGUGGUUCGUUAGCGUGUGGAUACGCGCCGCGCACGGCUGUCACGACGUUUCGCCGUCGACGACACAAGCGGAUACCGCGACGACAUUCACGUGUCGCGAUCUCCGAGUACUCACAGGCGGCAGCCGGCCGGCGGUGUUCCAUUUCAUCCAGUCGACCGCAUUUAUGUAUUGUUAAUCAUAUACUUUUGUUUGUUCUUUAGGCCGGUGGUAAAGCUGGUAAGGACUCAGGAAAAUCCAAGGCUAAAGCGGUGUCCCGGUCGGCUAGAGCAGGCUUACAGGUAAUAUUCGUUAAACAUGGUCGUGCAUUAUUAAUAGUGAGUACUGAGUAAUAAAUAAUGAGGCGCGGGACUGAUGCGCGCCGUUUCUCCCCACUCUCCUCCUUCAUGCCGUCCCGCGCUUUGGCGCAUAAAACGAACAAGAGUUAUCCACAGGAUCGUUUUGUGCGCGUCUAUAAUAAUGACCACACGACUACGUCCUUUGAUUACACCACUCUUACAGUCAUACGUCUCAUAGGGACGACUGAUGGAUUUUUGUGCGUGCAUUAAUCUACGACUAUUCAGUUACUAAGGAUUUCGAUUUCAAGUGCAUCAAAGAAGCUAUAAUUUUUUUUUACUCUAAUGAAACUUUUUUUUAUAAAAGACUCCAUAUUCUUCAGAUGCACAUUUUUUGACUGGUUGUACUUGAAGAAUUUGUUUAAAUUUCCUACAGUUUUAAAAUUACCUAAGUUAUAUUUUGUAGGGUUCUGAGUUGGCUACAAGAUAAUAAGCAAUAACAUGAUUAUUACUGAAACGUUUAGUACCUUAUUUACAGUUACAUUGAGCUUCACUUAAAAUCGUUUUUAGUUUCAAUGAUUUAUCAUUAAUUUCAGUAUGUAAAAACCAUUACAUUCUAUUGUACACUUUCCUACUUUUCCAUCUACUGAUGGUUUAAAGUGAUUUUAAAAUUUGGUACCUAUAAUUUUUUUGUUUUUAAUCUAAAAUGGCACUUUUCAAUAUUUAUCUAUUCAUUUUUAAAGUUCUUUAUUGUUUCAAAUAUGAUAAGGAAUACCUACUGGAGUACCACAUUGUAACUCAUUUCAGCUUGUGUUUGAUGUUUUAUUAAUAUUAUACGUAGGUAGUACCGCAAUUCUACUUUAUUUAAAUUGUUUAUUAUUUUUAGACUAGUAGUAUUCUGUGCUUAUAUGUAAAACACUAAAAAAAAAUUAGUGAUUUCUAUCUAAAUUUUCAUUAAAGUAGGUACUCUAAAAAAAGGUAGGUAGGUAUGUACCUAAAGAAUUAAGUUCUAAUUUUUAGAAUUUCUUACUGAGGUAUAUAUGUUAAUAUAAUUUGUCUACACAUUUAUAUUUUAUAUUUAAAUUUAAGAAAUACUAUGGUUAAAUGGCUAUAAUAGCCAUAAAUAUGGAAUUAUUAUUUUUUUUUAUUUUUUUUUUUAUUAUAACACUAGUUAUGAGUACACAAUUCUCCAUUAUAGUUAAAUGUUUAAUAAAUUUAUUAAUGGUAUGUUUAGUGUCUUUUUUUUAUCUAGGUAGGAAAAAUUGUUAUUUUUAAUUUGACCAAAACUGCACACUAUAAGGCUACAGAGCAUUUCUACUUAAUUGGUCACUAUUUGUGUGUGUGUAUGUGUGUUUAGAUACUGAAUUUAAAAGGGCCACUUUUAUUUUAGAAGUUAUACCAAAAGUACUAAAGACCUGUUUUUUUUUUUUUUUUUUUUUUUUUUUUUUUUUAUAAGAGUGGGAUUUUAAUGCUGAAAAUGAUUGUGCAAUUAGUAUUUUUUAGAAACUAUUAUUUUAGAAGUUAUAACAAUUUGAAGGCAAUUGUAUUUUUGGCGCAUCUACAGGGCAGGGUCAUUCAUCAAAAACCUAAAUGAAUGCCUUAAAAAUUCUAAAUACUCCUAAAACAAAUUAGAUUAAAGUACCAUGCAUUUUUUUAAACUUUGAAUUUUUUAGCCCGUUUAUGCAUAUCUUUUCAUUACUUGUUUAAACCACCUCUUAGGCUCUGGCUCUUUUGUAUUAUCAACUAGGUAUUCAAAUAUAUCGCUCUUGUAUUGAGACCUCAGAAAUCUGCAAACAAUUUUCUAAAUAAAAAAUGAAUACUAGUUAUUUAUGCCUAUUAAACACAUUCAAUACACUAUGUUCUGAAUUACUUUAUUUUAAGUGUAAACUAUUUCACAGAGCUGUGUAUGAUACUUAUGAUGUAUAUAGAAACCCCUCUCUGUGUGGUUUCUGUCAAACUACUUGUUGCUGGUUAUGAAACAUUUUACAUAAUAUGUACUAAUCAAGUUUUACCGAAAUCAUUUUUAAAAUUUUAAGUUAGGUUAUAAAUAAUACAACAAAACUUUAUGAACCUAAAGUAUUUUUAAGUUUGUUAAGCUGUUAAACCACUGCUUUGAAAAAAUAAAAGCAAUAGAAUACUUAGUCACUUGAUACAACUUUUUAUUUUCACUUUUCUUAGUUCAAACAUUAAAAUAUCUAGUAGUGCUAAAGUGAGUUUUUAUUGAUUAUUGACUGCUAUAGUUCCAUGUACAUGUGAACACAAAAGCAAGUUCUGUUGUUUUACAUGUCAUGUAAGCAUUGUCACCAGUGAGUCCAUGUGAAACUAUCCUUAAAAAAAAAGGUUGUCUGAUAUAUUGAUUUAAAACUUUUUUAUAUUAUUCUAAAAACAGAUAUUUUUCUCUGAUAAUGUAGGUUUAAAAAAAUAAUAAUAAAAUGUUUAUAUCUGAUAAUUAGUUUUUUAGUUUUCUGUUCACACAUUUUAUGGCCUAUGUAUUACAAUUACCCUCUCACCCUAUUUUAUUAAACAUAAUUUGUUCACAUUCCUUCAAUAUAAACUUAGAAUGUUUACUUAGGAACUAUAAAUUUGAUAUGUAUGUUUGCUAAAUAUAUAAAAAAAAAAAAAUAAUAAAUAACUUAUAAAUUAGUUGUUUUAAAAAAGUGAAUAAAUAAAAAUGGAGUAUUAACAAUUAGUAAUAAAAAUCAAUAAGAUAUCUGUAUGAUUUGUAGUUUUUGUAUGUAUUACCAUUAAUGGACUGUUUGCUAUUUAAAUUUAUUUACGGAAUAUUAUAAUAGUUAUAAUAGAAAUCAAUUUCUUUAUUUUUUUACAGUUUCCUGUUGGAAGAAUUCACCGUCAUUUGAAAAACCGUACUACAAGUCAUGGACGAGUUGGUGCCACAGCUGCUGUUUAUAGUGCUGCCAUUUUAGAAUACUUGACUGCUGAGGUACAUUUAUAUAUAAUCUAAGUAAAUAAUUAUAUGGUAUACCUUAAUUGUGUCCAAAGACAUUUUACGUUUCACGCCGUAAAUUUUUUUUACACGGCAGACCAGAGUAUUAAGUUCACUGGUUUUAACCUUAGAACCCUAGUUGCCCCCUUAGAUAUAUAAUUGUCAUUUUUACCAGCUAUUAUUUGUUUUCGUCUUAUGAAAAUUGUUUAUUUUUAAAUAAGGGAUAGUAUAUAUAAUUGUAAUUUUUAAUUGUUUUUAGUUAAAUUUGUAUACCAAUUUCUGAAUGUAUAUAUAUUUCUACUGAUAAUUCAUUAGUUGACUUAGUGUCAUCUAUCAAACUAUCUAUAGCACACAAACUGUGAAUGCAAUUUAUAAAUGGGUGUACCACAAUGAUCACAUUGAAUGAUAAGGGAUUUUUUUUUUCCUUGAAUUAUUGUCAUACAAAAAUGCUGCUGACUUGAUUAAAUUGUAAUGGAUAAACCACAAUUAUAUUCACAUUUAUAAAACCUCCAAAAAAAUUGUAAAAAAUAAAAGUUUCAACUGCCCACAAUGUUCAUUUAUUUUACAUUUUUUUUUUCUGUGUGAAAUGUAUUAGAUCCUACUAAUUAAAAAAAAAUUAUGUAUUAAGAAUAUUGAAUAGUACAAAUGUUAUUUAAUUGUGGGACACCUGUAUGACAUUAAAGGUUAUAUUUAUAAUAUUAAAGUAAUAUAAUCAACACAGGUGCUCGAGUUGGCUGGUAAUGCAUCAAAAGAUUUAAAAGUGAAGCGUAUUACCCCACGUCAUUUGCAACUUGCUAUCAGAGGAGACGAAGAAUUAGAUACACUUAUCAGAGCAACAAUUGCAGGAGGAGGUAAUACAAUAAUAAAAGUUAUUUUACAAAUUACUAAAUUUUCAUUUUUUUUAGGUGUUAUCCCGCAUAUACACAAAUCCCUUAUUGGCAAAAAGGGAUCUCAAAAACCACAGUAAAAUUCCCCUGCCACACAAGACUUUUUAAGUGUAAAACAUUAUUUAUAAUUUAUAAGCUAUGUAAUUUGAUUUAAUUUUCUUUACUGACUUUUGCCUUAUUCAUUAUUUGUCAUGAUAUUAUGAAUUUUAUACCUCAUAUAUUCCAUUUGCUACUUGUGUAAGUACAGGUAUAAAACUAUUUGGCAUAAGAUAAUGACUUAUUAUUUUAUUAAGACAAAAUAUACAAUUUUUUUUUUGUAACCAAAUUUUUUUUUCAAUCAAUAGUCCAUCAUUCGAUUUUUUUUUAUUAAAAAUCAAGUAUAGGGUGUACAAGUUUAUUGUAUUAUUCACUUUAAAGAAGAAAAAAAUAAAAACAUUUCUUUUUAUAAUUAUUAUAUGUAUAUAUUUAUUUCUUAUAUAUAGUAAUUAAUUAAAAAAAAAAAAAAAUGAUUGAUUAAAUAUAUUAUCAGUUCUUAUAUUAGUAAGUUAUGUUCAUAAAGUUUGAUUGACAUGAAACUAAGAUUAUUACAAAAUUAACAAUAUCCUAUUUCUGCACAAAUGCUUUCUUCUUUAAUGUCAUUUAUUAGAGUGUUCAUCAUUUUUUCAGCAUUAGAUUCCACAAAAUCAAUACAUUUUGCUUUGUUAGGUAGAGGAUCGCAUAAUGAUUCUAAUCUAUACAUAACAUCCUUCUAUAAAACAAUAAAUGGUUAGUUUCUAAACAUCUAACUAUCAUCUAUACAAUGCAAAUCUGAUACAUAAAUGAAGCAAAAACAACUAAUUUACCAAAAUUGUUAUACAAUGUGAGGGGGGGUAAGCAAAGUUAUCCCUUGGCACAAGAUCACUUCCCCACUAAACGUCUAAAUUUGUAUGUCUGAAUCUACCAAAACUAAAUUUUAAAAAUUAGGUCCAGUUCAGUGGAAUGUAUAAUCCAGCUUGGUUUACUUAAGUGUAAUGUUAGAUCUUGUCAUACCACACAAAUACAUGAGUAUAGUUUUUUAAAUAUUUUAUGUUUCAUUACAAAUGAUAAAUUUGAUUUCAGUCUACUAUACCUAAAUUAUAAUUAUAUCAUGAAUAAUAUUUUGAUUAUGUGGAGUGACCUAGUUUGGCCCAACUACUAUCAAUUUCUUCAUCUGGUACAAUGAAUUAGUAUUAGGUUACGUAGCCUGACCCGGUCCACUGACUUUACUUGCCACAGUCAUGUUCAGAUUGCAUUGAGUAAAGCUGGCUUAAAACAGGUUCUCAACAUAUAUAAUGAAUGAGAAUAUUCUUACUUCUAAUUUAGAUGUUUCUAUUUUAUUUUUUAUAUCCCUGAUCACAUCCUUGCAAAUUGAACACUUUGGGUGAAAUUUAUUUUGAUAAAGAUCUUUUGCUGAAAAUCAAUAACUGACCGUUAGUAGGUGAUUUAAUAUCAAAUAGACUUAUUCUUUUUAACCAACCACUCUUUUUACAGUUAACUCUCAACAUUUUAACUAGAUUUUUGAUGAGCCAAUCUUCUUGUGUACCUUCUUGAUUUAGUAGUUUACAACCAUACUGCAAGAAGUUCAAUAAAUCGUUUUUGUCCUUUUAACAAAAACAAACACAUUCAAUACAUUUAUUAGCUGUAUAGCUGGUGUUUCAUGUCAAAUGCAAUCAAAGACAAUGUUACAUAAUCUCUCAAUUAAAUAAAAUAGGAAAUUGGUCAAAUAUAUAUUAGUUAAUGUUGUUGAAAUUGUAAAUACAUAACAACAAAAAUCAUGAUUUUUAUAAUAUAUUUAUUGAGUAAAUUAAUAUUAUUCCCAUUCAUAUUCCAUUGGAGUGUAUAUAUGUACACAACUUACUGGCGAACACAGUCAACAAUUUGUUUAUUAAUUACAUUCAGAGACAAAUACAAUUAACAUAAGGAUUGGUACUAUUUACUAAACACAUCACAGUGGUUUAUUAUAAAUAACAUAAUUUCUUUAUAAAGUUUUUGUUACACAAUAAAUCAAAAAUGUAUGUAUAAAUAAUUAUUUAAAAAAUAUUCUCACUAAAAAUUUGUAAGAUUAUUACUGGUUUUAUUUAACUGUAUUGAACAAUUAGUUUGAAUGGAUUAUUUGGUAGUUUAACCAAUAAUACAAAAAAAUAUAAUUAUUGAUUGAUUAGUUUAAUAUAAAUAUCAAAAAAGAACACUUUUUAACUUUAUAAUAAUAUAAUACUGAAAUAUCAAAUUGCUGUUUGAAAAAGAAGUAAUUUUAACUUUAUUAAAUUGUUUGAAAUUCUUUUUGAUAUGUAACUAUCAUAAUUUACUGUAAAAUAAAUAUGCAAAGUGUUCAAUGAAGAUACCCAUUGUGAUAUCUCAAUAAAGAUAAGUAGUCAAAUACUUAUUAUAUAAAUAAUAUAUAUAUUUAAAUUAUUAUUUUUUGAAAAAAAUUACUUUUCGAAAAAUUUGAAUAGUUUACUACCCCUAUUAUAGUUAAUUCUUCUGAAAAUUCUAACAUUUCAUCUUUUUGUUUUCAAUAAUCCCAUGAUUUUUAAUUUUUUUAAAGUUCAAAGAAAAAUAGAAUAUAAUGAAUAUUAUAGUAGUAUUUUGAAAUUACCUCGAUCUGAUAAGUUUUGAGAUAAUACCAAAUCCAUAACGAUAUACUAUGUUUCUGGAAACUUAAAAAAAUAUAAAAAUCACGAUGAGGUUAAUGAAAACAAAAAGUUGAAAAAUCAAAAUUUUCAGUAAAAUUUAAUAUAAAAUGGUGAGCUUUAAAUUUUUCAAAAAUAUUUUUUAAUUUUAAUAUAAAUAUUUAUAUUAAUUAUACAUGUUAAGACAUACAUAUAUAUAUAUAUAUAAAACAAAUUUGAUUAUCUCUGAAGAAUCACAAUACGUUUAGAUGUCAAUAAAGAAAUAUUUUGUAUAUUUAUAUUACCAAUCAAUCAAACAAUUUUCACAAAGUAAAUUAACAUUUGAGGAAUUCCUUUAUUCUAAAUAACAAUAAUAAUAAUAAUAGUAAUAAACUUGAAAACCAUCUAAUAACAUGAAAAGGAAUAUUUGUAUAUAAUAUAAUAAUAGUUAUAAAGUCUAGAUCAUCAAAUAAUAAUCAUUAUGCAAUCAUUAUUUAUUAAAAAAAAUGUAUACUAUUGAAUCUCGCUUUUACACAACAUGAGUAUCAAAUAGUUUUAAUCAUUAAUUAAAAUAUCACUUUAAUUUUCGUUGACUUUUACAUUCCAUGAAGUGCGUUUGCACAAUGAUUCAGCCUAAAAAAAAAAAAAUGUAUUAUUUUAAUAUAGUUAAACAAAUAAAUAUGUUAAGUUGCAGUGUGUUUAAUGUUUUGAUCAAAAGUAAUAUUUUAUUUCUAUAAAUUACAAAAAAUAAAUAUUUGGUGCAUGGGGAAUAUUGUUAAAUUGUUGCUUUCAAUGAAAUAUUAAGAGCAAGUAAUAAUCAACAUUAACAUUAAUUUUUAAACAUAGAUUAAAAGAUAAUUUAAAACUCAGAUAAACGGCUGUUUACGUUGGUUAGAGAAGCUCUAAUAUCUUUAAUUACUCAAAAAAAUAUAACCAUGCUACAGUUUUAUCCUGAUCAGGAUAUAUCUUAAUUAUAUAUUUAUCUUAAAUAGUACAUUUAAUGAAGUCAAAAGAUUUAAUUACCUUGCAUUCUCUGGCAUUGUCCCAAGAUGCACACCAAAAUAUUUCACCUCUUAAACAAUUUAUGUCGUUUAAUUGGUUGAUUGCGACACUCUUAUUUUUUUUGCACAGUGCCAGUGAUUCACACAUCAUCCAAGUAGGCAUUUGGUUAUAAAGAUUUUUGAAAGAUUGAGUGUAUGACUCUAACAUCUCCAAACACUGC